GAGAGAGAGAGAGAGAGAGAGAGAGAGAGAGAGAGAGAGAGAGAGAGAGAGAGAGAGAGGACAUCUUCGUACAUCGUCGUAUAUUUUGGCGGCGACGAGAUGGUGGUACACGUCAGCGUGCAAGUCCGACGCUGGCAGUCGAUCGGACUUCUUAUUGUCUGCCUCAUUCUGUGGAGCUCGGCGCGCAUCUCGAAGGGAUCGGGAGAAGGCCGAGCAGCCACGUACGCAUCGAGAAAGACUGCUGAUCGUGUCCGCCACGGCCAUUGGGAUCCCGACAAUCGUCAAUCAGAUGAACCCACCGAUGAUGGCAACGUCAACAAAAAUGGUAUCCUUCGAGAAGAGGAGAAAGGAGGAGGAGGAGGAGGGGGAGGGGGAGGAGGAGGAGGAGGAGGAGGACCAUAUCGAGAAAAUCUGAUAAAAGAAGAUGGGGAGCCAGGGAGGGGGAGGAGGAAGGAUUUGGCAGUUGAGCAUCAUUCAAUGAACACACGACGGAAGGUGUUUGAAUGGAUAUCUCAUCCUGCUCCUAAGCUUCCCGAUAGACGACACGUGUACAGACUGUCAGAUUUUGGCGGGGUAGGAGAUGGACGAACGGUAAACACCGAAGCUUUCAGAAAAGCCAUCGCUAAAAUCCAGGAGGUGGCUGAGCAUGGAGGGGCAGCGCUCCACGUGGAAGCCGGAGAGUGGCUCACGGGUCCGAUAGAUCUAACGUCACAUAUGACGCUGUACGUAGAAGAAGGCGCCACCAUUCUCGGUAGCAAGGAUCCUUCUCAUUACCCCCUUCUACCGCCAUGGCCGUCCUUCGGACAAGGUCGCAAUAUGCCGGGACCCCGAUACCGUGGUCUUAUCUAUGGAGAGUACCUGACUGAUGUUGUUCUGACAGGACCAGGCACGAUUAACGGACAGGGCGAUUGGGUAUGGCCGCAGAUUGCCCAGAAGAGAUUCAACAAUACUCCUGCGUGCAUGAUAGAGCUCAUGUGGUCCCAGAAGGUCAUCAUCUCGGACUUAAUGCUGGUUAAUUCGACAAUGUGGGCCGUCCAUCCGAUUUACUGCAACCGAGUCUAUAUCCACGGUCUGCACAUCACCGCACCUGAAGACUCGGAAGAUACCGAUGGCGUCGUUAUAAAUUCUUGCCGACGUGUCAUUGUGGAGGAUUGCCACAUCAGCACCGCCGGUGAUGCCAUCAGUAUUAAGAGUGGAUGGGAUCAAUACGGAAUUCGUUUCGGGAUGCCCUCGGAAAAAAUCAAGAUCAGAUCUCUCAUCGUAGGUACCAGUCACGGAAUUUCGAUCGGAAGUGAGCUCUCUGGAGGGGUGCGCAAAGUGGACAUCGACGGAGUGAGAUUCUUAGGCGGAUCGGAGAGGGGUUUCCAUAUAAAGACCACCGCUGGCCGGGGCGGUCUGGUCCGCGAUAUCUUUGUGAAGAACAUGGACCUGAGAGGUGUAUUGCGCACUGCUAUCGAAAUCCAAGGCAAUCACAAAUCCGGCGGUUACAAUCAUCCGGACGAUCAAUACGAUCCGACGGCUCUGACGAAGAUCCGCAAUGUCGUCAUCAAGCACUUGUCGGGAUUUAACUGUAGCAUGGCCGACCGUAAAGUAAGCCUUGAUUACAAUCUGUUCAAGGGGUAUGGCGGUAAGGCUAUUACCGUGAAAGCCUUCGAUGUGUCCCCGAAAGAAGACGGGAGUGUGUUGACGAUGCUUGGCCCCGUUAAAUUCCUCGCCAAAACGAACGAAUACACGAGAUCCGGAAACAGUCCCACGGUUGAGGCCGGCCAUCGUAUGUCCCCGAUAUUCAUGCCUUUUGACACGCCGGACGAGGAUCUUCCCGGUAUAGCAAUGACAGAGAAACAAAGGACGCCACAUAGUUUUCCUACGCAGCAAACGUCAGCGAGUGGGGGCCAGUGCCGCAGCAAACAGAGCCAGCCGCGUCGUCCACCAGGCGAGGAUGAGCAUGGUCCUCCUGUGGGUUCGUCCAACCGGAUGGAGUGUGUUGGACCGUCUCAACCGUCCAGGCGGCAAGACCAAGGCACCCCUGUCAUCACAUACAAAAGGAAGGCCCUGCCAACUCGUCCCUCUCCCAGUUGCCAGAAGGACGAAGGUGGUGCAUCCAGGAAGGCGGYGCUGCGGGAGAUAAGCGAAGGAUCGGACGAGGAAACGGAGGACGAUUCUAGGGUAUGUGUUGAUCGACAUCCACAGGUUAAUCAUGUCGUCGACGAUGACGAAUGUGGUGUCGAUGAGGACGACGUCGAAGAGGAGAACAGCGAGAGGGAGAAAGAGAGAGAGGAUCGUGAGGAAACUAUGCACGACAACGGAGGUGGGGAGUCUCAACAAUACUAUGAGGAGGACGACGGGGGCGAUGGAGAAAACAAUCAUGCCUAUCCUGUAGGUGAUGACAAUGGACGGCAAGAGCGGUCGGCUGAUGUGGGGGUUGACGACGCAACAGGAGAGCGGUCGGAGAUCAGUGUCCAGAAAAAGAAGGGACAAUCUUCAACAAGUCCAACGACGGCGGCGGAUAAGCGCACUGCGAAGAAACUCACUGUCGCUGCAUCUCGACAGGCGCUCAAAGCUUCUCAAGAGGCGGUCGCUGAAAGCGUGAAGAAACGAGAAGGGUCCGCGUCGACAAGGGCGACAAAAGCAGAGAAAUGUCCACCGAAAAGAAAGCAGAUGGUGGAUGAGGGUGACUCUGGAGAGGAUGCCGAAGGGGUUCCUCCAAGAGAUAUGUUGGAACACACACAACCUUCCGCCGACACCCGUGAUGAAGCCAUCGACACAACACGGUGCUUCUUCUUGGAGUUCGAUGAAGAUGGGUUUGCAAAGAAGAAAAGGGAACACAUUGAAGUGGACAUCACGGAGAUCUUGCCAAUCCCUGAAGGUGACAUCCUCUUCAACCAUAGAACGUUGAACGAAACGUUGGUGCAGUCCAUAUAUGAUGCGAUCCAUCAUGCGGCCAAGGAAACCAACGGGAAAUGGGAUUUCAUGACUUUCAUCCUGGCUCCCAUUGUGCCCAACAGGGACGGGUCUCAAGGCAGACGGAUCACACCGGAGCAAUUUGACGUCGAACUGGCUCAUACAUACAACUGGUAUGUUAUCGCUGGCCAGCACACGGCCGAGGCAAUAAACAGACUCAUUAAAGACAAGUCACCGGCCGAGAAAGUGUAUGGCUUGAGGUCAUACUCUCACGUACGUGUUGUCUACUUUGACGAUGACAAAAAGAGAGGAUAUCCGUACGUCUCGACGUUCGACAACACGAGGGAGGAGCGUUCGAUCCCGAGAUCGUUUUCGUCAUCUGUGCGCCAAAUCAGAACAUUUUGGGAUAAGAGGAAUGACCGGAUCCGUCCGCCAGGGACCGUGUCCCCGAAUGACGUCGAGGGAAUGAAACGAAAAAAAAAAUGGGAAGAGUUCAUGAACGCCGCCUGCAAAAUGACACCUGAUUCCGGUCUCUUGAACUCGUCCCUGAAGAACGACUACUGCAAGGACUGGACGAACAAGAUGCGCGGAUACAUGAAUCUUGUGCAAUGCGGCGAAACAGUAUGGCCACUAGUAGAGAAAUUAUUCGACAUGUACGAGAAGGGGCUAUUGUCGCGAGUCGACGGUGUGAGAUACAUCGACCUGCCGGGGAAAGUGGAAGGGAGACUGCCUGAGCAAUACUUCCUUAAGGACAACUCCGGCAAAAAAGUCAUGUUCCACUGCAUCAAGGCAUGGAAGGGGCCAUCACGCGCAAUGGUGUCUAUACCUGACUUGACGCCGACAAUCUUCAAGCUGUUCGACGAUAUGACAGCGAGAGAGAAGCAAGUGGCGCUUCACCACAUGAUGCGUGGUGAUGUCAUCGUGACAUCACGUUCGGUGAUGCAGAGUGUGUACAACUGGGAUGAUGUUGAGGUGCUCACAGGGUCAUGGUAUAGACACUCUACACCUUCGACAACCUUAAACAAGUACGGCAACAUUGCAGUUCGGUACACUGACAUGAUGGCUAUUGUCCUCCAUGUCGAGAACGACGAUUUGGACAAUAUAAUGGUUGUGCCGAAAUUGCGAGCCGAGUUGACAAAUGUGAACGUUGAAGAGGGUGAAUUUGGAGCACGUGCCGAGGAGCCGCAAGGGAGCACCAACGCAGAAGUGGAGAAGGCGAGGUCGAGUUUGAGAGUGACACAUGCUAGUAAGGGAGACGUGGAACAUAGAAUGAAUGCAAGGGGAGAAAAGAAUGGUGUACCAAUGAACCCUGUGGGUGCGAGUGAGGGAAUUGUUAACUCACAGGGCAACACAGGGGGAGGAGAGGAUGGGUGUGAAAUGACCCCGCCGACAGCUGGACCAUCAUCGACACAUGCACCGCAUGCCGAGCAGCGAACGCUCACGUCAAUGGACACAGAUGAAGAUGAAGACAUGGAUAUGACAAAAGUCAUGCCGAAGCUCGUGCCAGGAAAACCGUUACCUCAAGGCUUUGCUCAAGACCCUUCAGUGUCAUACUUGCUGCAAGACAAGUACAAGGAGUCAUCGGAUGAGGACUGGGGUCAUCGUAUUCUCUGGCAUGAGGGCGUGUUCGAAUCGUGCGUGUUUGCGGGCAAGUGGCAAAUGGCUGUGAAGACAAGAGACCACGGGUGGGUCGCGAAGGAAAGAAAGGACGCUGCGAUAUGGCAUAGCGUGACGGAGACGCAACUUUUUCGGAGGGUUGCACAAGAAAAUGUCGGUGCAACCGAGGUGGCUAUAGCGGCAAAGGCGAAAGCUUUGUUUGAGCAACUGCGUCCAAACAAACAACUAGAAUUCAGCACAAAGUUCUACGACCUUGCAUCAAGUGUGUCGUACGGCUCCAUCGAUUGGAAAAUCAAACAAGCGUUACCUAUGCAAGGAAUCGAUAGCAUCACCUCUCUCAAGACUCAAGACGUCAUUGCGUCUAACACCAUCGUUGCGAUGGCCAGAGGGGAUGCAGGUUGCGAAACGGACACACGUGCGAACGCAGGUCACAUACAGAAUGAACAGUUGCGAACAUGUAUUCAACAAAGCACACAUAGAAACGCAAUGGGGGAUUCCACUAUGAUACGCAAGGACGGUGACGACAUGGAGUCGGGCACAUUGACAGGGUCGCCAAUGCGCGGGGUCAACGAUGGGGCAACAAUCGUUGGAUCUUUCGGGUCCCUCGUCGCGACAGUGGCGGCAAGGCAAGGCGUAUCUGAAAUGAUGGAGACCGAUGCGGGCCAGGAUGUUGAAAGCCAGACCGUGAAGGUGGCGCCAGAGCAGGUGGCGGCAACAACAAAGGAGACGAAGAAAGGUGAGGGAUCUCGCGAACACAUUUUCGUAAUAGAUAUGAGAUCGGAGAGUACGGGCGAGGAUAUGAUCCAAGAUAACGACCACAAAGAUGACCACGCUGCACCACGAGUGGAAGGUGACGACGAACAGGACGCGCAACGACCGAGACGGUCAACGAGAGCAGUAAUUAAGAAAACUGUGUUUGAUGCGUAGGAAAGCCUUAGACGGGCAUGGGCGUUUACACGUU